UUGACACUUCAAAUGUCCACGCUUGAGCAGACUGAGUUUUUGUGCAACUCGAGGUCCAUGAACGUUACAGGCUGCUGAUUUAAAACGAAUAAAGAAAGGCAUUUAAGAUUUUCACUAGAUUUCUACGACUGUAAAGAUUCGAACUGUUGAGACAUCUAUUUGAAUGCCAUGGAGUUUCCAGAUCUGGGAGAACACUGUUCGGAGAAGACCUGCAAGCGUUUAGACUUCCUUCCCAUGAAAUGUGACGCCUGUCAAGAGAUAUUCUGCAAAGACCACGUCACUUACGCACACCACAAAUGCACCUCGUCUUACAAAAAGGAUGUCCAGGUUCCUGUGUGUCCACUGUGCAACAUUCCCAUUCCCAUCAAAAGAGGAGAGAUGCCUGAUAUUAAAGUCGGGGAGCACAUCGAUCGGGAUUGCAAAUCGGAUCCCGCGCAACGUAAGAGAAAGAUCUUCACCAACAAGUGUUCCAAAGGAGGCUGUAAGCAGAAGGAAAUGAUGCGCGUGACAUGUGACCAGUGUCAUUUAAAUUACUGUCUGAAACACCGACACCCGCUCGACCACGAUUGUAAGACUGACGGCAAACCUCUGUCCCAGUCCGGACUUGCUGCUUUAAUGAGGGCUCAGGGUUCUUCCUCCGCCUCAUCUUCUUCAGGACACUGCAGAUCCGUUUCUAAUGGUGGCAGUGCAGCUAGCAGAGGCCACAAUAGCAACACGAGCCGACCAAUUCCGACUUCUGUAUCAGCACAGAAUGUGGUGCAGCCGCCAUCGUCGUUUCAGGCGGGAAUGACCGACGAGCAAGCCUUACAGACCGCUCUAGAGAUGUCUUUGGCAGAGUCGAGACCACCGGCACAGCCGACCCUCAGUCCGCAGGAGCAGGAAGAUCUGGCGUUGGCUCAGGCCCUCGCUGCCAGCGAAGAAGAAUACAGACGCCAGCAGCAGAGACAACAGGGGCGAGAGUCCAAACAGUCUAACUGCAGCCUUUCUUAAUCUCGGGCCACUGCUUUGGUUUUUGUUUUUUUCUUCCCAAGCUGUGCUAAUGCUCCACUAGAAACCUCACAAGCCGGAUUCUUGAUAUCCAGCGUCAACGAUUGUCUUUAUUAAUUUUCAAUAAAAGGAUCAAAUGUUGCUCACUUGUCGCCUUCUACACUGAAAACCAAGCACACAGACGCCCAGCAGGUUCUGUCAUUCUUACCAAUGAGUUUCUCUGUACAUAUUUUUUAUAUAUAUGCUGAUCAUAAUAUUGUUAUAUUCCCAUCUAUGAAGAAUGAAUAAAUUAUUUCAAACUUG